AGCUACGGGCUCCGUCCGAUUUCAAGGUUAUGAAGUCGGGAGUUUUCAACUGAAAAGGAAAAGUUCUGAACGGGUUUUUUUUCUCGGAGUCUUCGUGGUUAAAGUUGGAAGUUUUGAGUGCCAUCCUCGAGUAUCCACGCAAAUUCCGUGCACUGUAAAAGUGGGUUUGGCUGGCCAAACUUCGGGCUCGCUGCCAUAAAAGGACGAGCCUCGCAUUUUUCGUUUCGUCGGAUUUGAUGACUUUUUUCCGGUGCAAUGGCGCGAAAAAUUGGUGAUCAUUCGGAACAGCCAUCGUUUUUCUGCGGAAAACUAACACUGAGAUAACAUGAACAUUUGUGUCCAAAUUUUGACAUAUUCGUGACGGUAUGCGCGUGGCUGGUGGCGACGAGUACGCUGAGCUGGCGGAGCUCGGCGGCGGUUUUGCAGCGGGGGCGGCGCCCCGAGGGCGCAGAAUCCGCCCCGGAGCCCCGGCCGAAGCGGAGGAUGCGCUCGGCUCGCAAGGCAGCCCCCGAAGGCCCCGUUCCGGCCUGUACUACUCGCCACCGGGUACCAGCUACACCAUAGUGGAGAGGCCCAGCUCGGCUCUGCACCAUCACAGAGAGUACAGGGAGAGAGAGCGGGAGCACCACUACAGCUCUCUGAGCAGCCCCAGAGGUACCUACUUGGGCUCCAACCCGAACUUCGCCAACAGCCGCACCCCAUCGAAUAACAAGAAGCGGCCGAUUUCGCCCGAGCAAGUGCUGAGGUUGUUUGGAACCGGGAAUCAUGCAGCUGGUGCUCAGAAAUCCAGCACAGAACGAUCCAGACGGUCUCCAGUUAGCAGCCCUCCAUCGGCCACUCAUAACUAUCGGCCUCCGCUCUAUUCGCCCUCCAUUCAUGAGCUGGCCACUCGGACGGUCAAUAUGGUGCGAGAUCCUCAAGAUCCUGGCUUUGGCAUAUGCGUUAAGGGAGGAAAAGAAGCUGGUGUGGGAGUGUACAUUUCGAGAGUGGAAGAGGGCAGCGUGGCCGGAAGGGCGGGGCUGAGACCUGGUGACUCGAUUCUGGAGGUCAACGGGACUCCGUUUAUAGGGAUUUCGCAUGAGGAAGCCCUCAAGGUAAUAAAAAAUAUGUUGAAAUCCUGCCGGAAAUUGAGCAUGACGGUUCGAACACCGAACCUGCCAGGAACCGGUUCGAUGGCAUGCAGUGGCGCCCCGUGGCAAAUGCGCCAAACUUGCUCGUGGAUGGACAGGCAUGGAAGGCCGGUUUCGCCUCCUCUGGAAUACUCCAAAGGGCGUUUGGGGCAUGCACGAACCACUAGCAAAGAUCGAAGCAUUCGCCGGGUGGACCUUUGCAUCGAAUCCGGGGAGAGUUUGGGCCUGAUGAUCCGAGGAGGUGUUGAGUACAAUCUAGGCAUUUUCGUCACAGGAGUAGACAAAGACUCUGUGGCUGAUAGAGGCGGCUUAAUGUAUACCCUCAUGACCGAAUUAAGGGAGAUCGUAGCCAUUGAGGAUCGACAGAAAUUCGACGAAUUAGUUUAUCGGCGAAAUGAGGAAAUGCCUAGAAGCCGCGAUCCACGAGAGCACGACUAUCGACAUUCCAGAAGGAAAGGAGCGGUGCCGAUUCCCGAUUCCAACCACACAGUGUAUUCCGGAUGUCACGAGGUAAGUGACUUUUCGGCAGGAACAUUUGGCGUCAUUCCUUUUAAGUUACUGGGAAAGUUCAGUUUAUUUAUGGAAAAAAUUGGCUCUUGAAGAUGUCCUUAACUGACGAACUGCCGGUUAUUGGCUGUGGCACGAACAAAACUGAUGAGGGCUAAUCGGUCCGAAACCGGUGCAAGGACUAUUUUCCGCUUCUUUAAGCUUUAGCAAAAUUUCCAUUUCCGAUUCUAUAAUUUUCUGCACGAAAAAUCACAACGGCAACCACGCAUCCAAGCGUAUAUCUGUUGACAAACCUGUCAGCGUCACUCCGAAAUUGCAGUCAGUUUUUAAAUUGUGCUCUUCAAAACUUGAAAAGUAUAACAAUGUGAAACAUACAAAAAUUAAAUUCUUCUAUAUGAAAAAUGCGUGAUUCUGAGAAAUUCUUUUGAGAAAGUGCGAGGAAGUGGCUUCAAGGGCUAAGGAACCAA